UAGAAAGUUGCUUAAAAUUCCUGUUCCGUUCUUUCAGGGAUGCAGAGAUUAGCCAGCGCGGGGAUCUGUUCGAGGCCGGGCUCCGUUUGUCUGCACGCUACGGCUCUCACUGUGAGUCUCAUGCAGACAAGAAGAAGCAGCAACGCUUGAGAUUUACAGAAGACACGUCUGACAGGCGCUGCCAAGUGUGCCAGCAUCUGUGUUACCUCUCUAUGGUUGUUCACGAGAGUGAUAAUGUGGUUUUCUGUCUGGAAUGUGCUCUUCGAUACAUCCAGAAGCGCAGGUCUCCCCGUGGCCUCAAGAUGAUGUUUCGUUACACUGAGGAGCAGAUCAACAGUCUGGUAAAUCGAGUGUGUGGCAGAGCAUUGGAGAAGGGUGGAGUGAAGCAGAAAGCCGUCGGUCCCAGCAAGACACCAGCAAAACGAAGCCCCAGGAACAAGAGCUCAGCGCUGGUCCCCCUCUCCAGCUCCUCCUUAAAGAGCAGCGGCCGCUCCUAACCAGACCAGACCGUCAGCAACAUUCCUGCGGCUCUCCUUUUAUAUCAGGUGUUCCUAAUACUUGUGUAGAAACUCUCUUCAAUACUCUUUGUACCUAGUGUAUAAUAUCAAUACAACAACAAGCUGUUAUAUUGCACUUUUGUAUUACAGAUACAUGUAGUGACUGGCUGGUUAGACCAAUAUAUUGAAUGUACGGAGGUUAAACGUUACAUCGUGUUUUGCGGCAAAUACAAGGGGGCGAGGCGAAUACAUAACUGUUUAGGGCACCUGACAUAACUAUUGGUUUUUCAACAAGCACGAAACCUUUUGCACUAGUACUGAGAUUGGUUUUUAGAUGAGUAUUUCCGGGUUGUUUUAGCAUUAAAUCGAGUAUAGAUAUGCGUAUACAUAGAUAUAAAUAUAUCCUAUACUAUUCCUAUCAUUUGUGUUUUAACUGGUGCUGUAGUGACACUUUUCUCCAUCACCCUUACUGCCUGUUUGUCUCUUGGGCUCAUGUUUAUUACGUCUUAAUGCUGUCAGGAACAAGAGCGAACAUGUAAGAUUGCAGCCGAUGCGUCAGACGGUACAUAUCGUAGUUUCUGGCAUUUCGGUAAAACUGUACAGGCUUGACACUUUUACACAGAUCUGACAUGUGAAGGAGCCCGUGGUCGUUUCUGACAGUACCGAUCAGAGAUUUCCUUCGCGAAUUCCCAUCUGGAGACUCCCCACUUUUAAAAGCACAUUUUGAGGCCUUUUACUAAAUUCUUUGGAGUACAAACAACACGAAGGCAGUUUGUACUGUUUGAAUUGUAAAUGCACUUUCCCUUUUAUCCCACUAACUUUUUGUCCCGCUGACUUUAUAUUUGUUAUUGGUUCUCCAUCUGUUCUGCCGUUUAAGAAUCAAAUCUUUAAAUAUUCUUUUGUUUUGAUAGAAUAUUAUAGCGAAAUACUAAUGUCCAACAACAACGGAAAGCCCCAAAUAUGUUUAUAUGCCAGUAAAUUGAGCCUUUGAGUUCGGGUCUCUAGGGGUUUGGAUGAGAGAGUCUCGAGAUGAAGAAAAAGCCUUACUUCUACAUUGGUUUCUUCAUCGAUAUAAAAUAGAUGUUAACAGGGUUGCUACAAAAAACAUACACAAAUAAGUGCUGCUUAAAUCACUGAGAAGUAUGUCAUAAUGGUGAUCCCUAGUUUUUUAGCUUUACUUUUUUUAUUCGAAAAGGAAAAAUCUUUUACCCAAAACUAAACUGUCAUAGGCCUAGAUACCCAUUGCUAUGACUGUAUCAAAGUCCUGUAAUCAAACAUGGUAGUCACCCCUUUCCAAAUGACAAACUUGUAU